AUGUACGGCUCUGGUCCGCAGACUGGCGUCUCCACGCCGCGCUCCCAGGCGCACCUCCGCCCUCUCAUCCUUUCUCACGGCUCGCUCGAGCACACCUUCCUCAUCCCCACCGCCCUCCAUUUUAAUGCCUCACAACUCAAGGACACCUUCCUCUCCACUCUCCCCGAGCCGACCGAGGACCGCGCUCAGGAUGACGAGCCGUCGUCGGAGUGCGAAUUGGUGGCAAGAUACUUGGGCUUCAUUGCCAGGGAAGUCGAGGAGGGCGACGACCCGGGCUCGUUCGAGGAGGUGCUCAAGCUCGUGCUGAACGAGUUCGAGCGCGCUUUCCUGCAGGGCAACGAGGUGCACGCCAUUGCUGCCCGUCUGCCCGGCAUUGAGGCGAAGAAGCUCACCGUCGUGAGCGCAUACUACGGUGCUCGCGCCGCCGUCGACAGGCCGAUCAAGCACCACGACUCGGCGCUUUUCCGCGAGGCCGCCGACGGCAACGCACACAUCUACCCCGUCUUCGGUGGCCAGGGCAACAUCGAGGAGUACUUCGAAGAGCUCCGCGAGGUCUACACCACCUACCCCGCGUUCGUCGAGGACUUCGUCAACGCUGCCGCCGCCCACCUGCAAACUCUUUCCCGCGACGAGCGCGUCUCGAAGCAAUACGCCAAGGGCCUGGACGUUCUUCGGUGGCUCAACAACAAGGAGUCGCAGCCCGACACCGAUUACCUGGUUUCGGCGCCGGUCAGCUUGCCACUUAUCGGUUUGACCCAGCUUGCCCACUAUGUCGUUACUUGCCGCGUCCUGGGAAGCCAUCCCGGUCACAUCCGGAGCUACUUCAGCGGCACCACUGGCCACUCGCAAGGUGUCGUCACCGCCGCCGCCAUCGCGGCCUCCAAGAGCUGGGAGACCUUCGACAAGGCGUCGCGAGACGCUCUUACCAUUCUUUUCUGGAUUGGUUCUCGCAGCCAACAGGCCUACCCGCGCACAUCUCUUUCCCCCAAUGUUCUGCAAGAUUCGAUCGACAGUGGCGAGGGAACCCCCACACCCAUGCUUUCGAUCCGCGAUCUUCCCAGGAAGGCUGUUGAGGAGCACAUUGCGACGACGAACGAGCACCUGCCCAAGGACCAGCACAUUGCCAUCUCUCUGGUUAACAGCGCUCGCAACUUCGUUGUCACUGGUCCUCCGAUUUCCCUCUACGGUUUGAACCUGCGUUUGAGGAAGGUGAAGGCGCCCACUGGUCUUGACCAGAACCGCAUUCCCUUCACCGACCGCAAGAUCCGCUUCGUCAACCGCUUCCUUCCCAUCACUGCGCCCUUCCACAGCCCGUACCUCUCUGAGGCGACCAAGUUCCUCGAUGAGGACCUCAAGGAAAUCGUCAUCCCCAGUGACGACCUCGGCAUUGCCAUGUACGACACGAACACUGGCAAGGACAUUCGGGAGGACAAGGCGGCCAACAUUGUGCCCACCCUUGUGAGGAUGAUCACCCAGGAUCCUGUGAACUGGGAACAGGCCACUCUUUUCCCCAGUGCCACUCACGUCUUGGACUUCGGACCUGGUGGCAUUUCGGGUCUCGGUGUUCUGACCAACCGCAACAAGGAGGGCACCGGUGUCCGCGUCAUCCUUGCGGGUACUAUGGAUUCCACGAACACCGAGGUUGGCUACAAGCCGGAGCUCUUCGACCGCGACUCCGAGCACGCCGUCAAGUACGCCGUUGACUGGGUCAAGGAGCACGGCCCCAAGCUUGUCAAGACUUCUGCUGGCCAAACUUUUGUCGACACCAAGAUGAGCAGGCUGAUCGGUCUUCCCCCGGUCAUGGUUGCUGGUAUGACUCCCUGCACCGUGCCUUGGGACUUCGUCGCUGCCACCAUGAAUGCCGGCUACCACAUUGAACUGGCUGGUGGUGGUUACUUCAUCGACCCAAUGAUGACCGCCGCGAUCAAGAAGAUCGAGGGUGCUAUCCCGGCUGGCCGUGGCAUCAACAUCAACUUGAUCUACGUCAACCCGCGUGCCAUGAGCUGGCAGAUCCCCAUGAUCGGUAGGCUUCGCGCUGAAGGUGUUCCCAUUGAGGGUCUCACCAUCGGUGCCGGUGUUCCAUCGAUCGAGGUCGCCAACGAGUACAUCCACACGCUUGGUCUGAAGCAUAUUGGCUUUAAGCCCGGCUCCAUGGAUGCCAUCCAGCAAGUCAUCAACAUUGCCAAGGCCAACCCUACCUUCCCUGUCCUCCUUCAGUGGACCGGUGGUCGUGGCGGUGGUCACCACUCUUUCGAAGACUUCCACCAGCCUAUUCUUCAGACCUACGGCCGCAUCCGUAAGUGCGACAACAUCAUCCUCGUCGCCGGUAGUGGUUUCGGUGCUGCCGAGGACACCUACCCCUACCUCACCGGUGUCUGGGCCAACAAGUUCGGCUACCCGGCUAUGCCUUUCGACGGCUGUCUGUUCGGUAGCCGCAUGAUGGUCGCCAAGGAGGCCAAGACCUCGCCGGCCGCCAAGCAGGCUAUCUGCGACGCGCCUGGUGUUGAUGACAGCGAGUGGGAGAACACCUACAAGCGUCCCACCGGUGGUGUUCUUACCGUCCGUUCUGAGAUGGGUGAGCCGAUCCACAAGCUUGCUACCCGCGGUAUCCUGUUCUGGGCCGAAAUGGACCAGAAGAUCUUCGCUUUGGACAAGGCCAAGCGUCUUGUUGAACUGAAGAAGAACCGUGACUACAUCAUCAAGAAGCUCAACGACGACUUCCAGAAGCCGUGGUUCGGCAGAAACUCCGCUGGCGAGUCCGUGGAUUUGGAAGACAUGACCUAUGGUGAGGUCGUCCGUCGCCUGGUUGAGCUCCAGUAUGUCAAGCACCAGUCCCGCUGGAUUGACCUGUCCCUGCGCAACUUUACUGGCGACUUCAUCCGUCGCGUUGAGGAGCGUUUCACCUGCACUCCUGGCAAGACGUCCUUGAUUCAGAACUACUCUGAGCUCGAGAAGCCUUUCGAAUUCGUCGAGAAGCUUCUCAAGGAGUACCCCGAGGCCGACAAGCAGCUCAUCAACGCUCAGGAUGUUCAGCAUUUCCUCAUGCUCUCCAUGAGGGUCACUCAGAAGCCUGUUCCGUUCGUCCCCGCCCUCGAUGAAAACUUCGAGUUCUACUUCAAGAAGGACUCUCUGUGGCAGUCUGAGGACCUUGACGCUAUUGUCGAUCAGGAUGUUGGCAGAGUUGCUAUUCUUCAGGGCCCCAUGUCUGCCAGGUACUCCACCAAGGUUGACGAGCCUGUCAAGGAUAUUCUCGACGGCAUCCACAACGGCCACAUUAAGAGUCUGACCGCGGAGCUCUACGGCGGCGAUGAGUCCAAGAUUCCAGUCGUUGAGUACUUCGGCUCCAAGCUUUUGGGUGCCCAUGACGACGUGGUUGAGGUCGAGGGUCUUACUGUGUCUGAGGUUUCAGACAAGACCAUCUACAGGCUGUCCUCUGCGCCCAACGCCACCCUUCCUGACAUCACGUCGUGGAUGCAACUCCUCGCGGGCAACACGUACUCUUGGAGGCAUGCCUUCUUCACUGCCGAUGUCUUCGUUCAGGGCCAGAGGUUCCAGACCAACCCCAUGCAGAGGAUCUUCGCGCCUACUCUUGGCAUGAUGGUUGAGAUUUCGUACCCCAACGAGCCUGCCAAGACUGUCAUCACCAUGAGGGAGCCUUCCACCGGUGGCAAGCACAUCAAGACUGUCGAGAUCAGCCUUCAGGGUCAGAACGAGAUCUUGGUCAACAUGAUUGAGGAGCGUUCCGCUCUGCAGAAGCCCGUCGCCCUGCCUCUCAAGUUCACUUACCACCCGGAUUGCGGCUACGCGCCCAUCCGUGAGGUCAUGGAGGCCCGCAACGACAGGAUCAAGGAGUUCUACUACAAGCUUUGGUUCGGCGACGAGGCGUGCCCCUUCGAUGCCUCCGUCACGUCCACCUUUGAGGGCGGUAGGGCCACCAUUACCGGCGAGGCCAUCAACGACUUUGUUCACGCUGUUGGCAACACCGGCGAGUCGUUCGUCGACCGCCCUGGCAAGGAAGUCUUCGCGCCCAUGGAUUUCGCCAUCGUUGUUGGCUGGAAGGCCAUCACCAAGCCCAUCUUCCCUCGUGCCAUCGAUGGCGACCUCCUCAAGCUCGUGCACUUGUCCAAUGAGUUCCGCAUGAUCCCGGGUGCCCAGCCUCUCAAGAAGGGCGAUGUUCUCGACACCACCGCCCAGGUCAAUGCUGUCAUCAACCAGGAGUCUGGUAAGAUGGUCGAAGUGUGUGGCACUAUUACCCGCGACGACAAGCCCGUCAUGGAGGUUACCAGCCAGUUCUUGUACCGCGGUGCUUAUACCGACUUUGAGAACGCUUUCCAGCGCAAGUCUGAAACGCCCUUCAACCUGCAUCUUGCGACUACGAAGGACAUCGCUAUCCUGCGCUCGAAGGAAUGGUUCAAGCUCGAGGACCCUGACACCGAUCUCCUGAACAAGACUUUGACCUUCAAGCUCCAGACCCUGACCCGCUACAAGAACAACAAGGUCUUCAGCUCUGUGGAGACUGUCGGCGAGGUCCUUCUGGAGCUUCCUACCAAGGAAAUCGUCCAGAUUGCCUCGGUCGAGUACGAGGCGGGCACCUCGCAUGGCAAUCCCGUUGUUGACUACCUCGAGCGCAAUGGCACCAAGGUGGACCAGCCCGUGCUUUUCGAGAACCCCAUUCCUCUUCACGGCAAGAACCCCCUCACCCUCAAGGCUCCUGCUUCCAACGAAACCUACGCGCGUGUUUCGGGCGACUACAACCCCAUUCACGUGUCCAGGGUCUUCUCCAAGUUUGCCAACCUCCCUGGCACCAUCACUCACGGCAUGUACUCUAGCGCUGCCGUGCGUAGCCUUGUCGAGACCUGGGCGGCCGAGAACAACAUUGGCCGCAUCCGCAGCUUCCACGCCGAUCUCGUCGGCAUGGUCCUGCCCGAUGACGACAUCGCUGUCAAGCUCCAGCACAUCGGUAUGGUCUCUGGUCGCAAGAUCAUCAAGAUCGAGGCUUCCAACAAGGAGACUGAGGACAAGGUGCUCCUUGCGGAGGCCGAGGUUGAGCAGCCUACUUCGGCCUACGUCUUCACCGGCCAAGGUUCGCAGGAACAGGGCAUGGGUAUGGACCUGUACAACAGCAGCGACGUUGCCAAGGAGGUCUGGGACCGUGCCGACAAGCACUUCCUGGACAACUACGGCUUCGCCAUCACCCACAUUGUCAAGAACAACCCCAAGGAGCUUACCGUUCACUUCGGUGGGCCCCGUGGCAAGGCCAUCCGCCAGAACUACAUGUCCAUGACUUUCGAGACUGUGGCUGCUGACGGCACUGUCAAGUCGGAGAGGAUCUUCAAGGAGAUCGACGAGGAGACGACUUCGUACACCUACCGUUCUCCUACCGGCCUCCUCUCUGCUACCCAGUUCACGCAGCCGGCCCUGACUCUCAUGGAGAAGGCCGCCUUCGAGGACAUGAGGGCCAAGGGUCUCGUCCAGACUGACAGCAGCUUCGCGGGUCACUCGCUCGGUGAAUACGCUGCCCUUGCCGCUCUUGCUGAGGUCAUGCCCAUCGAGAGCUUGGUGUCUGUCGUGUUCUACCGUGGUCUGACCAUGCAGGUCGCCGUCGAGCGUGAUGAGGCUGGCCGCUCCAACUACUCCAUGUGCGCGGUCAACCCCAGCAGGAUCUCGAAGACGUUCAACGAGCAGGCUCUUCAGUAUGUUGUGGAGAACAUUGCCGAGCAGACUGGCUGGUUGCUCGAGAUUGUCAACUACAACAUUGCCAACAUGCAGUACGUCGCUGCUGGUGACCUGAGGGCUCUCGACUGCCUCACCAACGUCACCAACUACCUCAAGGCGCAGAAGAUCGACAUCCAGCAGCUCAUGCAGACGCUCUCGCUUGAGGACGUCAAGGCCCACCUGGUUGAGAUCAUCAAGGAGUGCGCCAAGCAGACGGAGGCCAAGCCGAAGCCUCUGGACCUGCAGCGUGGUUUCGCCACGAUCCCGCUCAAGGGCAUCGAUGUGCCGUUCCACAGCACGUUCCUGCGGUCUGGUGUCAAGCCUUUCCGUUCCUUCUUGCUCAAGAAGAUCCAGCGGACGUCGAUCGAUCCCAGCAAGCUGAUCGGCAAGUACAUUCCCAACGUGACUGCUCGUCCGUUCGAGCUCACCAAGGAGUACUUUGAGGAUGUGUACCGCCUCACCAACUCGCCCAAGAUUGGCAACAUCCUUGCCAACUGGGAGAAGUACGAGGACAAGCCGCACGAGGCGGCGACUGCGACCGCUCCGGCGUCGUAG